AUGGACAGCUCUCCCGCCUCGCCUUUGGCCCCCAGGGAUCCCAGCUCCCCUGAAUCUUCGAUCGGCGAACAAAUCGCCACUCUACAGGCCCAGCUUGCCGCUCUGCAGGCCUCGCAACCCGCCGCCGCCGCAGCCGCCGCACCCCCGGCCGUCACCGUCGUGCCGGGGAACGCCGCCACCGCAUCCAAGGUCGUGUUUCCCAAGCACGCUCGUCUGGACGGCCCCAAGUCGUUCACCAACUGGUUGCGUCAACUCCGUCUUGCACUCCCGAACCAGGUUCGUGGUUACGUUCUCGACGGUGUCGUUCCCCCGACCUGGACCGCCGACCAGCUUGCCGCACGUGACGACGCCGCCCGGGAAAUCAUCGUUGGCUCUAUCGACUCCGCCGACGUAUCGGCCACCCUCGACGCCAUCCCCAGCGACGACCUGUCGGCACCGCGCAUCUUUGCCGCUCUCAAGGCUCGUUUUGCACCGGACGACGCUACACGCACUCUCGAGUUGUUCGCUCGCCUUUGGGACUUCAGGAAGAUGCCUGCCUCCGUCGAGGCCUACGACACUUGGCUACGCGAGUACAUGUCGAUUGCUCAGGAAAUACGCGACGCCAAAACAUCGCUCAACGACGUGCUCGCCACCCACGUGCUCGCCAUGGUCCCGUCUUGCCUCGACAGCUUCCGACUCACGUUCACGGACGAGCAGCGAAACCGACGCGACCUUCCCGAACUCACGACGCUUACGGACCGCAUUCGCAUCCAGCUUCGUUCGGCAGGACUCUCGACCUCGCAUUCGGCCAUGCUUGCCACCAGCUCCCCCUGCCCCGCCUGCCGCGCUCCCGGUCACCGCCUGCGCGACUGCACUUCACGUGCGAAGCACCCGCCCACCGGCCCCUGCCGCCGAUGCCACAAGAAAGGUCACUGGGCACUCGACUGCAAGAACCGGGGUGAACAGGCACGUAGCAGCGACGACACCCAGGACGACACGUCUUCCUCCGCGGCCUCGCAACCGAACGUCGGCUAUUUCGCCUCCUGCCUCUUCGCUCGUCGCCAACUCCCAACUGACGCCUUUGUAGUCGAUUCGGGUGCCACGACACACAUGGUCGCCGACCGAUCUCUAUUCACGACUUAUCGUCAGACGGCACACACCAAGAUCGGCGGCAUCGCGGGCGGCAUCACGGCUAUCGGCAUGGGGGACGUGGCAUUCGUCGCCAAGACUGGACACCCGAUCACGCUCCGUGGUGUUCUUCACACGCCUGGCCUACACGUCAACCUCCUCUCUGUCUCUCGCCUCUGCGACACCGACCGCGUUCGUCUCGCCUUCACCAGCGACGGCAUCGACAUCGCCAAGGACGGCCGGGCCAUUGCUCACGGUACCAGGGUCAACGACGGUCUUUACCUUUUGGACGCGGAUCACACCAAGUGUCAGCAUCUUGCCUUCCUCUCACGCUCUGAGUCUCCCGUGCCCCUGCUUACCCUACACCGCUGCCUCGGCCAUCUUGCCCCAUCCUCUAUACAGAAGAUGAUUGCUGCAGGUUUGCUGGACGGGUUUGGGGCCGGGUACAGUGACAAAGACGUAGAGGAGUUUGUUUGCAAUGCUUGCCUUGGUUCCAAAGGUCACCGCCUUCCCUUUCCCGACUCUGAGUCGCAUUCCGCCGAGAGACUUGGCCUCGUGCACAGCGACGUCCUGUCGUUCCCCACUCCGUCCUUGACCGGGAAGCGCUACCUUGUCACGUUUCUAGACGACCACUCUCGCAAACUCUGGGCAUAUGCGAUCGAUCACAAAAGCGAUGUUUUCCCGACCUUCCAGACUUGGCUCGCCGAAGUGGAGUUAGAGACGAACGCGCGGUUGAGGAUCCUUCGAACCGACAAUGGCGGGGAGUACCGAUCAAACGCAUUCACGGAGUUCUGCAAAUCCAAGGGCAUUCGUCGUCAAUACUCUAUCCCUUACACGCCUCAACAAAACGGUCGCGCCGAACGUGUCAACCUCUCCAUCGUCGAGGGCGUCCUCGCUCUCCUUGCGGACGCCCGUCUGCCGGCCACCUUUUGGGAUGAAGCGGCUGCGUAUUUCGUUUAUUGCAAAAACAGGUGCUCACACUCAGCUUUGGCCAAACAGACUCCAGAAUCCGUUUGGAACGGCCAACGCACCACCGCCACCGCCCUCCACCCGUUCGGCUGCACAGCCUGGCUCACGGUCGCCCCGGACCUUCGCAGCAAGCUCGACCCCAAGGCCGCGCGCGUGAUCUUCACAGGUUACGACCUCGCCUCCAAAGCUUUCCGUUUCUUUGACCAUUCCAUCAACAAGAUUGUACUUGGUCGCAAUGCCACCUUCCUCGACGACGACUUCCCCGGCCUGCCAGUCACCACGCCCGUCGAUGCAGACGACACCGACCGUCAGUUCGUCGUUCCCGCCGACACGCCCGCCCCUGCCGUCAAGACGAGGACCCCACUAGUAAGGUCGGCGCACAUGGACGUCUCAUCCUCCCUUGAUGAUUCUGCCAUGAGCGCCGUUGACGUGGCCCCAGGGUACACUGGCGGAACCUUACUUAAUUCCACAGAUACCGAAUCGUCCUCGUCACCGUCUCCUGAGCCGUCCUCGUCACCGUCGCCCACAAACCCUUUGUCACCGUCGCCUGCGCUGUCACCGUCGUUGGCAGCGUCAUCGUCACCCUCGGUCUCACCGACCGACUCUGACUACUCCGCCGACCCUCUGGACCUCAUCGGCUCACAGACCCCGACUCGCCUUGGCCCACCGGACGUGCACCGCCCAGACUUCAGCACGUACCGUGAGCCCGCAUCGGCUGAGGAGUCGCCCGACGAACUCGACAUCAUUGGGCGUCACUCGCGCGAUGAAUCGCCGGAUGAAAUCGAUUUCCUCACCCAACAACACCGCGCCUUCAUCGCCACAGACGACGACGACCCCACCCUCGACGCCAUCGAGCCCGUCAAAUCGAUCACUAGCGACCCCCAGACCUGGCGCGAAGCAAUGUCCAGCGACGAGCACAACAUCUGGGCUGAGGCCGCCGCCGCCGAGUUCACCGCCAUGCGCGACGACUUCAAGGUGUUCACCAUCGAGCCUCGCUCAUCUGUACCGCCGGGCGCCACCAUCGUCACCUCCAAAUUCGUCUGGAAGACCAAGCGCAACGCAAGCGGUGAAGUCACGGGGCGGAAGGCACGUCUUGUAGCGCAGGGUAACCGACAGCGCGACGGCAUCGACUUCUCAGAAACCUUCGCACCCGUCGCCCGUUUCUCCUCCAUUCGCUGCCUCCUGGCUCUUGCCGCUGCCAAUGGCUACCACGUUCAUCAGGCCGACAUCGACAAGGCUUACCUCCACGGCGAGCUCGAUCAUGAUAUCUGGAUGACGACACCACGCGGUUUCGACUUCCCGAGCGAUAAGGUUCUCCGGCUGCGACGCUCAAUCUACGGUCUCAAGCAGGCCGGUCGCAUCUGGAAUCGUCACAUUGACACAUCACUCAGGAAUCUGGGGUACAAGGCAACAGGCACUGAUCACUGCAUUUACUCUCGCAUUGACGAUCAGCAGCGGCCUCACUAUAUCGCCUUGUAUGUCGACGACCUCCUCAUUGUCAGUCCAGCCCUCGACGAGAUCGAACGUGUCAUCUCCGGCCUUGAACAGCGGUACGGCGUCAAACGACUCGGCCCCGCGGAGUACAUCCUCGGAAUCCAAAUACGCCGCCUGGACGACGGUUCCAUUGCUCUAUCCCAGGAGCGCUACAUCAUGGACGUGCUGGCCCGUUUCCACUUCGACACCACGACACGCGGCACUACGGUGCCGAUGACGCCCGGCCUCUCGCUCACGGCAAUUCCGGGUCAGGGAACGGAGCGCAUUCGUUCGUGGUACCUACAGGCCAUCGGCUCCCUCCUCUACAUCUCCCUUGGCACUCGACCCGACAUUGCCUUCGCCGUCUCGUACCUGUCCCGGUUCGCCAACAACCCCGGCCGCCGCCAUUGGAUUGCCGUCAAACACGUCCUUCGCUACCUUCGCGCCACGUACCGCGAUGAGCUUCUCUAUGCCCGCGGCCCAGCAAAAGUCACGGGUGUGGUUGGUUAUUCUGAUGCGAACUGGGGCGCCUGCGUCGACACAUCCAUUUCAACGAUGGGCUACGUAUUUUACUUGGCAGGCGCCGCUGUCUCUUGGUCGUCGAAGCGUCAGACUCGGGUAGCGGAUUCCACCACUGAUGCCGAGUACCUGGCCUUGUCGCACGCGGGUAAGGAAGCGAUCUACCUUAACCAACUCCUCUCCGAGCUCCACGUUUGCCCAAUCGCUGUGAAGAGUCCACUCUCAGCUCGACAGGGGCGCCUCGGUCGUUGCGCGCACUUGCUAGCCCGCCCCCGGCGGUGGGGACUUAGACGCGCGCGACUGCCUCAGCGCGCCAGCGCCGGCGGAUUCAUGCGCGCGCCCGCUAGCCCGCCCCCUUGCGGUGGGGACUUAGGCGCGCCGGCGAUUUCACCCGCGGCUGACUUAGGGAUGUACAUUGUCACGCGCCUGGGACUAUCCCAGCGUGGCCCCCCCCUUUCUGUUUCUUAGCUUCCUUCUCAUCACUUCUGUUCGACUCUCAACCUCUCCUGACAGUAGUGGUGAACGUCUCAUAGGUUAUAAGCCCACGAGCCACCAGCUGGCAUGACCACGACACCACCCCUCGCGACGGGUGCCAACCCUCCGAUUCCCGCCGAACAGCUCGCCGCACUUACAUCGCUGCUGUCGGGUCUCACCGCUGCCGCUUCCGGCACUGCCACACCCGCCACGACGUCCGGCACCACUCGCACUGCCUUUCCAAAGCACGCACGCUUGGAUGGUGCGAAGACCUUCGCGAACUGGACACGCCAACUUCGCCUGUGCCUAGCGGACGACAUCCGCUCGUACGUCCUCGACGGUAUCGCACCCGACGACUGGACACCUUCGCAACGCUCCGCUCGCGACGCCGUCGCUCGUGAGGUCCUUGCGAAUUCGAUUGACUCGGCCGAAGUCUCGGCAGUCCUCGACAAAAUCCCUACCGCCGACCUGACAGCGCCGACAAUCUACUCGACGCUGAAAUCGCGGUACGCCCCUGACGACGCCACCCGCACGCUCGAGCUCUUCUCACGACUCUGGGGUUUCCGUCCCAUGCCCGGCACGGUUGCCGAAUUCGACGGGUGGAUCAUGGACUUCAAAGCCGUUGCGCAAGAGAUCAUCGACACAAAGACAACUAUCAAUGAUGUUCUCGCCACACUCCUCCUUGCAAUCGCCCACCCGUCCCUCGAGAGCUUCAAGGCGUCGUUCACCGAUGAACAGCGCACGCAACGAACUCUCCCCGACAUUGAUUCGCUUGCCGACCGUAUGCGAGUCCAACUUCGGUCAACGAACAUCCCCAGCACUCAAUCGGCCCUUCUUGCCUCGUCGUCGUCACGUUCUACUCGUCUCAAGUGUCUCGCCUGUCGCAGCCCUUCGCACCGAGUCGCGGAGUGCCCUACGAGGGCGCAACACCCGCCGCCAGGACCCUGUCGCUCCUGCAAGAAGAAGGAUCACUGGUCUCUCGACUGCAAGAAGGCGCUCGAGGACGGCAAAAAGCCCGACACCGCUGACUCGACCGUCGACUCGCAACACCAUGUCGGAUGUCUCGCCACCGGUCUUCUCGCUCGUCGUCGCCAGCUUCGCAACCACUCUUUUGUCGUCGACUCGGGCGCCACUUCGCACAUGGUCUCGGACAAGUCGCUGUUCACGACCUAUCGCCAUAUCGCUCCUACGAAGAUUGGUGGUAUUGCAGGGGGCAUCAACGCCAUCGGAACGGGAAACAUCGCCUUCAUUGCCGCCUCGGGUCAUCCGAUCACGCUUACCGGCGUGCUGCACACUCCGGGCCUGUUUGUCAAUCUUCUCUCGGUCUCUCGACUUUGCGACACCGACGAUGUCCGUGUCGCCUUCACAAAACACGGCAUCCACAUUGACAAGGACGGCAACGACAUCGCUGAAGGCGCACGACUCGACGAAGGGCUCUACUUGCUGGACGCUGAUCAUUCCAAAUGUCAGCACCUUGCUCUCCUUUCUCGCUCACAGUCGUCCGUGCCCCUGCUGACUCUCCAUCGCUGCCUCGGCCAUCUCGCACCGUCCUCCAUACAGAAGAUGGUUGCCGCUGGUUUGCUGGAGGGUCUCAGGGCCGGAUAUAGUGACGAAGAGGUAGAGAAGUUUGUCUGCAAUGCUUGCCUCAGCGCAAAGGGCCAUCGUCUUCCCUUUCCCGAUUCGGAUUCGCACUCCUCAGAGAGACUCGGCCUUGUACACAGCGAUGUGCUUUCCUUCCCCGAGCGGUCCUUGACUGGCAAACGUUACCUGGUCACAUUCCUUGACGAUUACUCGCGCAAACUCUGGGCCUACGCAAUCGGACACAAAAGCGAAGUCUUCGGCAUAUUCAAAACUUGGCUAGCCGAGGUUGAACUCGAGACGGGUGCGACGCUGAAGGUCCUCCGAACCGACAACGGUGGCGAAUACUGUUCGAGAGCGUUCACAGAGUUCUGCAAGACACGAGGCACCCGUCGACAAUACUCUAUCCCACGCACGCCUCAACAGAACGGUCGUGCAGAGCGGGUCAAUCGUUCCAUUGUCGAAGGCGUCCUUGCCCUCCUUGUCGACGCCCACCUACCCAAGACAUUCUGGGAGGAGGCUGCAGCUUAUUUCGUUUACUGCAAGAACCUGUGUCAACACGCGGCCCUGGACAAGGCAACACCAAACUCCGUCUGGCAGGGUGACCACACCACUGCCUCGGCGCUUCACCCGUUCGGCUGUACAGCUUGGCUUACGGUCGCGCCCGAACUUCGCUCCAAACUCGACCCGAAGGCGGUUCGCGUUUUUUUCACCGGCUACGACCUGGCUUCAAAAGCCUUUCGCUUCUACGACACUACAACACAGAAGAUUAUACUUGGCAGAAAUGCCACGUUCCUCGACACUGAAUUCCCCGGAUUACAUGGCGACCCCACUGAGCAAGACGGCGACACGCACUUCGCCAGCGCUCCCACCACCGAAUCUCAAACCGUUGUCAAGACAUGGACCCCACUAGUAAGGUCGGCGCACAUGGACGUCUCAUCCCCCCUUGAUGAUUCUGCCAUGAGCGCCGUUGACGUGGCCCCAGGGUACACUGGCGGAACCUUACUUAACUUCACAGAUGCCGAAUCGUCCUCGUCACCGUCGCCUGCGUCGCCCUCAUCACCGUCGUCUGCGCCAUCGCCUGCACUUUCACCAUCGUCGGCUGCGUCAUCGUCACCCUCGGCCUUACCGACCGACUCUGAAGACUCCGCCGAUCCCCUCGACCUCCUCGGCUCACAGCCCCAGGUUCGCCUCGAUCUACAGGACGUGCACCACCCAGACUUCAGCACGUACCGCGAGCCCGCAUCGGCUGAGGAGUCGCCCGACGAACUCGACCUCAUUGGGCGCCACUCUCGCGACGAAUCUCCGGACGAAAUCGAUUUCCUCACCCGACACCACCGCGCCUUCAUCGCCAUCGACGACGACACCUCUGACACAGAGGCAAUUCAGCCAGUCAAGUCCAUCACGAGCGACCCACAGACCUGGCGCGAGGCGAUGUCUAGCGACAAGCGUGAAGUAUGGGCCAAAGCCGCCACCGACGAGUUCACCUCCAUGCGCGGACGACUUCAAGGUCUUCACCAUCGAGGACCGAGCCACGGUGCCCGCGGGUGCGACUAUCGUUACAUCCAAGUUCGUCUGGAAAACGAAACGGAACGCACUCGGCGAAGUCACUGGACACAAGGCAAGGCUGGUCGCGCAAGGCAAUCGGCAACGCGACGGCAUCGACUUCAACGAAACGUUCGCACCGGUCGCACGCUUCUCCUCGAUACGCUCACUCCUCGCGCUGGCGGCCGCCAACGGCUUGCACGUGCACCAGGCGGACAUCGACAAAGCAUAUCUGCAUGGCGACCUUGACCACGACAUCUGGAUGACGGCACCGCGCGGCUUCGACCUUCCCAGCGACAAGGUGCUUCGCCUGCGACGCUCCAUCUACGGGCUCAAACAGGCUGGCCGAAUCUGGAAUCGACACAUCGACGCUUCGCUUCGGGCCCUCGGUUACACGGCGACGGGCACCGACCACUGCGUAUACUCUUGGCUCGAUGAUCGUCAAUGUCCACACUACAUCGCACUGUACGUCGACGACCUCCUGAUGAUCAGCCCGGAACUGGCCGAAAUCGAACGUGUCAUCUCAGGCCUGGACCAACGCUACGGAGUCAAGCGCCUCGGCCCGGCCGAGUAUAUCCUCGGCAUCCAGAUCAGGCGGUUCGACGACGGCUCUAUCGCCCUAUCCCAGGAACGGUACAUCAUGGACGUGCUCGCUCGGUUCCACUUCGACACCACGACUCGCGGCACUACAGUUCCGAUGACUCCCGGCCUUUCGCUCACUGCUAUCCCGGGUCAAGGCACCGAACGGAUCAGGUCAUGGUAUCUGCAGGCUAUCGGCUCGCUCCUCUACAUUUCGCUCGGUACCCGCCCUGACAUCGCCUUCGCCGUGUCCUACCUGGCCCGCUUCGCCAACAACCCCGGUCGUCGUCAUUGGAUUGCGGUCAAGCACAUCCUACGCUAUCUCCGGGCCACGUAUCGCAACGAACUCGUGUAUGCUCGCGGCCAGGCUCGCAUCACGGGUGUGGUAGGCUACUCCGACGCGAACUGGGGGGCCUGCAUCGACACAUCGGUGUCCACCAUGGGCUACGUCUUCUACAUCGCUGGCUCGGCCGUGUCCUGGUCGUCCAAACGCCAGUCUCGAGUUGCCGAUUCGACCACCGACGCUGAAUACCUCGCCCUCUCGCAUGCUGGCAAGGAAGGGAUUUACCUCAGUCAGCUGCUCGAAGAGCUCCAUGUACAACCUGUUGCACCGGCUCACAUCUUUACUGACAACGAAGCCGCUGCUGCAGUUGCUCACGAUCCUGUCCGCGUCUCUGGCACUCGGCACAUACGCUUGCGUGAGCACUUCGUUCGGGACAUGGUGAAUCGGGGCGACAUCUCUCUCUCGCAUGUGGGUACCAGCGACAUGGUGGCCGACAUCUUCACCAAGGCUCUCGGCCCAAAGGUCUUCUCAACGCACUGCUACGCCCUCGGCCUUCGCACUCGACACCCGCGGCUUGGGUCUGCCUCGCAUUCGCGUGGGGGGGGGGUGUGAAGAGUCCACUCUCAGCUCGACAGGGGCGCCUCGGUCGUUGCGCGCACUUGCUAGCCCGCCCCCGGCGGUGGGGACUUAGACGCGCGCGACUGCCUCAGCGCGCCAGCGCCGGCGGAUUCAUGCGCGCGCCCGCUAGCCGCCCCUUGCGGUGGGGACUUAGGCGCGCCGGCGAUUUCACCCGCGGCUGACUUAGGGAUGUACAUUGUCACGCGCCUGGGACUAUCCCAGCGUGGCCCCCCCUUUCUGUUUCUUAGCUUCCUUCUCAUCACUUCUGUUCGACUCUCAACCUCUCCUGACAGUAGUGGUGAACGUCUCAUAAUCGCUGCAGCUCACAUCUUCACCGACAACGAGGCCGCGGCGCCGUCGCUCACGACCCCGUUCGCACCUCCGGCACCCGGCACAUUCGCCUCCGCGAGCAUUUUGUCCGUGACAUGGUCAAUCGAGGUGAUAUCUCUCUCUCACACGUUGGCACAGCAGACAUGGUUGCGGACGUAUUCACCAAAGCGCUAGGCCCAAGAUUUUUGGUACACAUUGCUAUGCUCUAGGCCUCCGGACGCGACAUCCACGGCUCAAGUCUACCUCGCGUUCGCGUGGGGGGGGGUGUGAGGAAUCCACUCUCGCUCGGCUCAGGACUUAGGCGCGCGGAGCGAACCGGGCGCGGACUUAGGCGCGCGGAGUGAGCCGGGCGCCCCGGCCCAGGACUUAGGCGCGCGAAGCGAGCCUGGGACUUAGGCGCGCGGAGCGAGCCUGGGCCAUUGGCUCAGCCCAGGCUCGCUGGCUGUGGACUUGGGCGCGCGGGGUCUCUUAUUGUUAGCUUCCUAUUCAUCACUCUUGGCUAUAACUACAUCGUGACGUAGUAGAGUUAUCGAAUAGGUAUGUUGAAAUGCAUUCAUCACUCUUGGCUAUAACUACAUCGCUGACGUAGUAGAGUUGAUCGAAUACUUUCCAGAUUCUUGUGCCGUCGGGUGUGUCUCUCUUGGCGUCCGCUGUGCCCCUGAUCGACAUCGACGAACCCGACCGACCUGUCGAGCCCGCCAUUGUACGCGCCCGCAACGUCAUCGCGUGGACGCUACUUCUGGAAGGGUUUUGCGAUGUUUGA